UCAUACAUCCAUCAAAAAAUCUUUGUUUGUGUUCCACAGAAGAAAGAAAGUCUUAUGAGAUUAAGAUGGCAUAAGGCCAUGGAGUCUUCUUCAGUGUACAUGUGUUUCCCCUGUUAUCAGGAGUUUCCCACGCUAGAGGAAGUGCUUGCGCAUCAGAUUAACUGCACUGCGGAGAAUCCCCAUCUCGUGAACAAUGAGACACCCAUUGAGGCGGCCGCUGCCGCUGCUGGCCUGCCACAGGUGGCAAUGCAGUCUGUGUCAGUUCCUCAGACCCAGACAACUAUGAAUUUGUCUUCUAUGCUAGGACAGAAGAAAGCUCUUCAAGGUGAUGCUCCACGCGUUCUGUACCAGUGUGCUGACUGUGAGGUUCUCUUUGAUGCUCUGUCGCUGUGGCAGCAGCACCGCAAGACGGGCUGUUGCCUUGAGACAGGGCCAGGACCUGGAGGAGACCAGGGAGAGAGCCAUGAAACGGAUGGUAAAGUAGCCCAAACAGUUUUUAGUCAACCAGAAGAUCAGGAACCUGAGCAGGAACAGCACGCACACCGACAGAUAGAGGUGAAUGAAGAGAGAGGAUUGCCUGAAGUAAAAAUGGAGAACACUUCUCAAGAAAAUGUGGCAAGAGAUGAGGUUUCUGAAAAAACAGUGACACCUGAGACCUUUCAGCAGGACUUACAGAGUGAACCUCCAGAGGCCCCAGUCGAUCAGGCUACAUCCGUGGAGCCCACAGCUGUAGAGAACAGCCCUGCGACAAGGCGUAGGGGACAGAAGAAGGUUAAGCCCCCAUCCAGCCUGCUGUGUGUGGAGUGUGGACAGAGCUUCAGCGCGGUUCCAGAGCUCGUGACUCACCGCAAGAUUCAGCAUGGCUUGAAGGAUGCCAUACACCGCUGCACAGUAUGCGGAGAGGGCUUUCUCAACACCACACUCUUCCUCUAUCACCGCAGGCAGCACCGCAAAGAGGUGGAAGGUGAACCCAAGCAGGCCCCACUUGAAAUCCAACAGUUCUCCACAGCUGUGCUUGAGGCCCCAGGUGAGGGACUCUUGCUUUUAGCCACGGCAGGGGAAGGCCAGAGUCUAAUGGAGGUGACCACUCUGGAACAGACAAUAACCGAGACCCCUGUAGCACACGUGGAGGUAGAGCUGCACAGUAAUGAAAUGAGAGGAGAGGAUGCUCUGCAGAAUGACCAAGAACAUGCAAUAGAGGGCACUGUGAGCAUGGAGAAUAGUGAGAUCCUGGUGGACAACAUUGUGGAGAUGGUGGAAGAAAGGACUGGAGUAAAUGAGGAAGAAAGAGUGGAGAUGAUCACUUGUAAUAUAGAAGGAGAGCAAAGUGAAGACGUGGAGACCGAGAAAGCUGUCAUUUCAGAGAAUCAAGGAGAGGUGGAAAGUAACUCUGCAGAGGAACCUGUUACAGCGUCCUCCUCAGGCACUGAAGGACAGAGUUUUCUCUGCCAUCAGUGUGGAUCCUGUUUCCCCAUAGAGCAGGAGUUGGCAAAGCACCGCAGUACCAAGCAUGGCCUGGAGGCGGCAUUGCACACCUGCACAGAAUGUGGGGCUGAGUUUAUGAGUACCACACAGUUCCUGUACCAUCGCCGAGAGCAUCGUCAGAAUGGACCUGCAGGACAAACACCUUCUGCUGAGGAGAAACUUAGGCUCUUCCCUGCUUCAGCUCUCACCUCCAUUGUUAAAUGCAGAGACGACAUGCCCCUCAGACAACCAGCAGACGCCACCCUCGAGGCCCCUGCUAAGCUGAGCCGGGACUGGUCGCGCACUGCCCUGCCUCACGAAUGCCCGCAUUGUGGAAAGGGCUUUACACGGCGCAGCCUAUUGCGUGAGCAUGUGUUCCAGCACACGGGCGAGAAACUCUUUAACUGUAAAGUCUGCAAGAAGAGCUUCCCCUCUCCAGCCAGUCUGCUGCGUCACCAACUGACUCAUGGGGGAUCCCGCUUGUUCAGUUGCCCCUUCUGUGAUAAGCGCUUCUUCCAGGCUACCUCACUCAAACGCCAUAUGCUGAUUCACCAGACGGGGGAAACCCAGCAAAGAAGGAUCAGAGGCAGAGGAAAAGGGAGGACACUAUCCCCAAAUGAUGGGCGUGUGCACAUCUGCCCAGAGUGCCCAGCCAGCUUCAAGUUUGAGUCCCAGCUGCAGAGUCACAGACUCCUACACACCAGCCAUCCUUUCCCUUGCAAUGUGUGUGGGGAGGCGUUUAUACGUCGCAAGGACCUGGACCUCCACUAUCUCAUCCACCAAGAUAAAGAACCAAAGACAUGUCCUAACUGCGACUCUCAGUUCCUGAAUCAGACAGUGUUGGACACACACCUGCAGCGCUGCACCGGGGAGGUGUCGGUGCGCCGCAGAUAUAAAGGUCAGGGACGAGGGAAGGUGGGAGGUCAGCUGGAGUGUGAUAUGUGUGGUCACCGCUGUGUCACUCAGGAUGGUCUCGACCUGCACCGUCUCUCCCACACGGGUCAGACGCCACUGCGGUGCCCACUCGCCCCGUGCAGACGGCGCUUCGCCUCCAACUCUGCAUUAGGGGAGCACCUGUUGGCACACUGCCGUGGAGCACUGGGCAAAAAAACCGCCCCACGACGCUUCAAAUGCGAGUACUGUGGGAAGGAGUUUGCCUACCCGUCUACCUUCAGUGUUCACAUGAGAACGCACACCAACGAUCGACCAUUCGAGUGCUCUCAUUGUGGGAAGCGUUUCCGGCAGCUUCCACAUCUACAGGACCACGAGCGUAUUCAUAGCGGUGAACGGCCGUUCACGUGCUGGGUGUGCGGUAAAAGCUUCAGCGUAGCAGCUAGACUAACGGAACAUGCCCGUGUGCACAGUGGCGAGCGGCCGUACGUCUGCCCUCGUUGUCCCACCGCCUUCCGUUCCCGACCCAACCUCGACAAACACAUGCGUCUCCAUGCUGAUGACCCCGUAGACCCCGCUGCACAGAGCAUGCUGGACGAUGAUGCGGCUGUACAAACCAUCCUCCUAGUACAAGAGUCUGCCUCAUCCUCACCAUCCUCUUCCUCAUCUGCCAUGCCUGUGGUCCAGGAGGGCAUGUUUGUGGCAGAGGAAGGCGGCUCAUCUGUGGUCUUCCUUCAUCACAACCUGAGCAUGCCCACCAUCACUGUGCCAACCAUCUCAGUGCCCUCUGGGACUGUUCCAAACAUCUCUGUAGUGGCAGGCCAAGAUGUGCCUCACACUAUUGAAGUUAUUUUAGAGGAGACUGUGUAAAGAAACAAAGAGAAGCAUAAUCAGAUUAAUUCAACGGGUAGGUGAAGAGGGUUAUGAACAGGACAUCAAUUGAUUCUAUUAAUUGAUAUUCCUUUUUAGAAGUAAAGACUGAUUCAGCAGCAUGUAAAAAAAUAGCAGGUCAGGAGUAUUUGUGUGUUUGUUUGAGACACCUCUUUAUGAGCAGGAUAUAUUUUUGCUUUUGCAAUGUAGAAAAACAAUGACUCAGCAACUUUAUCCAGGAGAAAACAAAAACAAAAAAAAUAAGGGUCUUUUUUUUUUUUUUUUUUUUUUUACAUUCAGAUUUGCCGCUGUAAUUAUUCUUUAAUUUUAUCGUUUGAUUUUUGAGUGUUUUAUCUGCCUUAUACAAAACAUGGCCCAUCAUUUGUAGUGUUUAAUUUUAAUAAAAAGCUUGUGCUUGUGAGGUUUCUGA